AUGAGUGUAACUGCUGCUUAUGGGAGGGAGUUGAAUGCGAUCCCCCAAACUGGAUGCAUCAUCGGACUUCAACUUCAUGGAAGAACUACCAGUGAGAGUACUCCUCGUGUUUUCUUGGAUAUUGAUCCUGAAUUGGAAGAUUAUGAGUACAAUGAGCUUAAGGUCAAUGGUCAUGCCGACCCUCGUGAUAUUUCAAGAUCAAGAAUACCUUCGGCUCUUUUUGAGCUCCACCAACUCCAACACCUUGACCACAGUGGUUGUGACUUCAAUGGGUCUGCCAUACCUUCACAGCUUGCCCAGCUCACCCACUUGACCCAUCUUAAUCUCUCCCGUGCUUGGUUUUCAGGUCAGACAAUUGAGGUCUCCAACAACCACUCUGAGGGUGGGAUUUCAGACGAAAUUGGAGAUCUUAAGCGGCUCCAACAACUGAGGAUUUCAAAUAACAAGCUCAAAGGCCCAAUUCCCAAGAGCAUUGGUGCCCUCAGCCAUUUGGAAUCGUUGGAUCUAUCUCAUAGCUACAUCUCAGGUGAAAUACCAGAAGAACUUACUACACUCAACUCUCUUGGGUAUCUAAAUCUGUCACACAAUAAUCUUUCUGGAAGAAUCCUUCAGUCGCCACAUUUUUCCACAUUUGAUGCUCUAUGCUUUGAAGGGAAUCCUAGUCUUUGUGGAGCACCACUUUCACUGGCUUGUGAAGCCAAUAACGGAGCCAAAUUGCUUCCUUUUGUUGGAUUGAGAGAAACAGAUGAAGAGAAAAUGCGGAAAAUAGAUGGAGGUGCAACGGGUGCUUCUUCAUGUCUCGGCAGUGAAGCCUCCAUCCUGCUGCGUAUCAAGGAGGGUCUCCACUUGUCUAAUGGAAGGCUAAGUUCAUGGGGCGGAAAUGAGUCUAACUGCUGCUUGUGGGAGGGAGUUGAAUGCGAUCCCCAAACUGGACGCAUCAUCGGCCUUCAACUUCGUGGUAGAACUACCAGUGAGAGUACUCCUCGUGUUAUCUUGGAUAUUGAUCCUGAAUUGGAAUGGCAUGACUACGGUGUGCUUAAGGUCAAUGGUCAUGCAGACCCUCGUGAUAUUUCAGGAUCAAGAGUACCUCCGGCUCUUUUUGAGCUCCACCAUCUCCAGCGCCUUGACCUCUAUGGCUGUGACUUCAAUGGGUCUGCCAUACCUUCACAGCUUGCCCAGCUCACCCACUUGACCUCUCCCAUGCUUGGUUUUCAGGUCAGGCUCCCACAUCUUCAAGCUCUUGAUCUAUCGUACAAUAAUUAUCUAAAUGGAACAUUAAUGCCAUCGUUUUUUCCCCCAGAGAGCAAUCUCCAAUCUCUACGUCUUGCUCUAACCAGCCUGUCUGGCCACAUACCAACUGAAGUGUUUGAGCUUCCACUCUUGAAGGUUCUUGAUUUGACUUAUAGUACUGACUUGAGUGGUCCUUUGCCUACCAAGUUACCAAAGAGUAAGCUCCAAAUUCUUAAGCUCUCUAACAUUAUGUUGUCAGGAGGCUUUCCAAGUUGGAUUGUUAACCUUACAUCCUUAGUUGAGCUGGAUCUUUCUCGUACUGAUCUCUCUGGUAGCUUACCCAUCACAAUUGGUAACCUUAGAUGUUUAAGGUCAUUGGAUCUUUGGUCAACAAAUUUGUCUGGCAACCUCCCCACCACAAUAGGAGAUCUUACAGCUUUGACACACUUGGAUCUUCAUGGUACUGGUCUAUCUGGCAACCUCCCUACCACAAUAGGAGAUCUUACAGCUUUGGCACACUUGGAUCUUUCUUAUGCUGCUCUAUCCGGCAAUCUUCCUAUCACAAUGGCAAACCUUACAGCUUUAACACACUUGUCUCUUUCUAGCACCCCUUUCUCAGGUAGUGUUCCUUUUAUGCUAGGAGGACUUACAACCUUAAUUCACUUGGAUUUGAGCGGCUGCAACUAUACAAGCAUAGACUCCUCACUCUUUGCCAACCUCACCCACCUAACCUACCUUGAUCUUUCUGGAAACAUGUUCAGCGGCUCAUUACCAUCCUUACCUUACCAUCUCCGUAGUGCCCAUCUCAAUGACAAUAAUUUUAGUGGCCCAAUCCCAAAUUCAUACAGCCUCCUUAACAUAGAAAUAUUAGACCUUUCUAGAAACUCAAUGACAGGAACUCUUCCUUCUAGUUUAACACAUGGUCCAUCUUUCAUGCAAUCCCCAAUUCAAUACCUUGACCUUUCUAACAACAAGUUUCAUGGCUACCUUAACCUCGGAAUUUUUGCACACUUGAAGAACCUUUACUUUUUAUCACUUUCAAAGAAUAAUUGGACUGUAGAUGUUCACGACCCAACCCUCAAGUUUCCAAGCUUACAGGAGCUGAGGUUGGUCUCAUGCAACAUCAACCAGCUCCCCCAAUUCCUUCUUCACCAUAAACCCAUUGAGACCUUGGACCUCUCAAAGAACAUGAUCUUUGGGGAAAUUCCAAAAUGGUUAAGACUUUCUAGGUCUUUGAUCAUCUCCUACAACAAGAUUACAAGCAUUGAAGAAGAAAUUUUUCUCAACAUUGAGAAACUUGACUUGAGCUACAACAUGUUGAACAGACUUCCAAAAUUUCUUUCCCCUAACAGAAGUUUCUUUGACAACAUGGAGUACUUUUCAGUCAAGAACAAUAGUGUCACGGGAGAAAUACCAACUUCCUUGUGCAACUUCACUAUGCUUUUAUCACUAGACUUGUCGAACAACAAGUUGAGUGGGCAAAUACCUGAUUGCCUCUUUCAUAUGGAUUUGGUUGAAGUCAAGCUCCAGAACAAUCAAUUGCAAGGUCAAAUCCCAGAAUUUGAUUGUCAGACACGAACUGAAUUGAAAACACUGGAUCUAAGUGCUAAUAGGUUUGUGGGUUAUAUCCCGACAUCCCUUGGGAACUGCAAAAAUCUUGAAUUCAUAAAUUUAGGAUACAAUAAAUUGAGUGGUGAAUUCCCUUCGUGGAUUGCAAAACUUCCACAACUGAAAAUUUUUGUGCUAAAGUCCAACUCGUUGAAUGGUGCUAUCAACUUCACCGUCGACAAGAAUAUGUUCCAAGAAUUGCUUGUGCUCGACAUCUCCACCAACCAAUUUACUGGAAAAUUUCCACUUGGCUUGUUGCUAAGUCUCAAUGCAAUGAAGUCUUUCAGCCCCGAAUCUGUCAUCCCUUUGCAUUUCAUGAGUCGUUAUUCGGAAGGAUGGGGGGGAACAAUUGGCAGCAAAGAAUCAGAGUUGACUGAUGGUUUUUAUGAAGACUGGGAAGUGACAUUGAACACCAAGGGGAUAAACUUGACCUAUGAAAGGGGAAUGCUUUCAAUCAUGAAGACAAUUGAGAUCUCCAACAACUACUUUGAAGAUGAGAUUUCAGAAGAAAUUGGAGAUCUUGAGGGCCUCCAAGCACUAAGGAUUUCAAAUAACAAGCUCAAAGGCCCAAUUCCCAAGAGCAUUGGUGCCCUGACACAUCUGGAAUCGUUGGAUCUAUCUCAUAACUACCUCUCAGGUGAAAUACCAGAAGAACUUAAUGCACUCAAUUCUCUUGGGUAUCUGAAUCUGUCAUACAAUAAUCUUUCUGGAAGAAUCCCUCAGUCGCCACAUUUUUCCACAUUUGGUGCCCUAAGCUUUGAAGGGAAUCCUAGUCUUUGUGGGCCACCACUUUCACUGGGUUGUGAUGCCAAUAACGGUGCCACAUUGUUUCCUUUUGUUGGAUUGGGAAAAAGAGAUGAAGAGACAAUGUGGAAGUACAUAUCAAUGGGAUUAGGUUUUGGGGCAGGCUUUGGCACCGCAAUCAGCUUUUCAUAUUUCUUGAAUAAUGGGAGGGGAUUCAACAGCUUUUGGAGAAGAUGCUACUGGUCAUGUGCUUAA